GGCUCAGCAAUGGAGUUAAAGCAAUCUUUAUCCACCCAUCUGGAAGCCGAGAAGCCUUUGCGGCGCUAUGGGGCGGUGGAGGAGACGGCUUGGAGAAGCCAGCUGGACGUCAUCUCCAUGGCUGAGACCAGCAUGAUGCCGGAGGAGAUCGAACUGGAGAUGGCAAAGAUCCAGCGGCUCCGGGAGGUUCUGGUCCGCCGGGAGUCAGAGCUCAGGUUCAUGAUGGACGACAUCCAGUUGUGCAAAGACAUCAUGGAUUUGAAACAGGAGCUGCAGAACUUGGUCGCCAUCCCAGAAAAAGAAAAGACCAAGUUACAGAAGCAGAGAGAGGAUGAGCUUAUCCAGAAGAUCCAUAAACUGGUGCAGAAAAGAGAUUUCUUGGUAGACGACGCUGAGGUAGAACGGUUAAGGGAGCAAGAAGAAGACAAAGAAAUGGCAGAUUUUCUGAGAAUCAAGUUAAAACCUCUAGACAAAGUAACGAGAUCUCCAGCCAGCUCCCGGACCGAGAAGAAAGCAGAGCCCCCACCUAGCAAACCCACUGUGGCCAAGACAGGGCUGGCACUCAUCAAGGACUGCUGCGGGACAACCCAGUGCAACAUCAUGUAACAGCCCCCUUCCCACGCAGGGUGCCCUUGGGGCCGCGGGGACCCCCUCCCACCCUCUUGUCGUCAUAGCCCCCAUUUCACUGGGGCUCAAGAACUCUCCAAGGCCGAAAGGGUUGGGGGCAAGCGUGCCUGCCACCAGAGGCCAUGGGCAUGCAGGCGGGCCUGGCCGCCCCGUAGAGUGUACCAUAGGGAACCCCUCACCGUGCAUGGCCCCCCAGAGCAUGCCCAACCCAGCAGUCUGUCUCUACGUGUAUCCGGCCGCCAGGAAAGGUCCUUCCUCCAGUGUAGCUCCAACUUCUCUCUAGCUGUAAUCUAAUCUAAUGUGCGAAUGGACAGGGAGCAGGGCCUGCUCCCCAGGUGUGUAUAGUUGUGACUUUCAAUAAUCUAGCACCAUGUUGCACACGUUUCCCCCCACCCCCCCCCCAGCUCUGCUGUCAGGCCAGUUCUUAAUGGGCACAGAAUCUGUGUCCCUCUCCAUCCUCUCCCAGGACCUGUGCCCUAAGGGCUCUUCAGUCCACGCAUCUCUUAGGUGCCACCAGCGAACUGCAUUCUGGGAGCACCAUGGCCUUGUCCGUAAACACUGAGCUUGUGUGUGGAGUUGUGGUCGCAUCCCCGGCUUCUCCUUCCUCCCCCCACCCUACCCCCUGUGCUGUGUCAGGGCACGGUUCACAUCAGGGGCUACCCACUGCACUCGGGACUAUUCCUUUGCUUGCCACGCCUGAUCUGGUGGUGUGGGGGUGGGCAGCCUGGGCAAAGGCAGAUCCAGUGCUUGAUGAGAUAGCAGAGAGCUGAAGGCUUCAAUGCCAAGGCCAGGGCAGACAAGAAAGGGGACGUAGAACAUUCUUCACCAAACCAGGCCCACAGACAGAUUUCUAGAAAGAACGGCACAAGCAAGAAAGGCAGCCCAGGUCGCAUCCUUUGGUGGUGUCUUUGAACCAGCCUAACAAUUCCACCUGUGUAACUUGAUGUACAUUACUUUGCUACAGCCAGCCCGGCACAGCCUGUGUGACCUGUCUGUACGUGUGUUUGUGUGCGUGUGAGUGUGUGUGUGUAUGUAUGUGUGUCGUGACCGGCCUGAGUAGUUAAGCUUAACUCAAGACUCACUGAUACGUCAUCCUUCUUCAGAGAAAAAUAAAAAAUGGAAACUACGUGCACAGCAUUUUAAAAGUU